AUGAACGGCGAAUGCAAAUUGGAUUACCGCGAAGCUGAUAUAACUCAUGCUGAACGAAUGAAAGAAGAAGCGAAUCUUCAUUUUUCUGCCAAACGUUAUGCAGAAGCAAUUGAUUUAUAUUCUAAAGCUAUUGCAAUGUGUGAGAGUUCGUCAACAAAACCACAUAAUUUCGCUGCAUAUUUUGCAAAUCGUAGCUUUGCUCAUUCUAAAACCGAAGCAUACGGCUAUGCUUUAGCUGAUGCAUCAAAAGCUAUACAACUUGAUCCUAAGUACUUGAAAGGAUAUUAUCGAAGGGCAACAGCGUAUAUGUCACUUGGUAAAUUUAAGGAAGCCCUAAAAGACUAUGAAGUUGUUGUAAAGGCUUUACCUUCUGAUAAAGAUGCUAAUCGUAAAUAUUCCGAGUGUAAUAAGAUGGUUAAACGAUUAGCUUUUGAAAAAGCUAUUUCUGUAGAAGAUUCUAAAAGUGUUUCUGAACAAAUAGAUAUUGAAUCAAUGAGUAUUGAAGAUGAUUAUAUUGGACCAAAUUUAGAUGAUGGAAGAGUUACACUCGAUUUCAUGAAAGAGCUUAUUAAAACUUACCGAGAUCAGGGUAAGUUACAUAAAAAACAUGCUUACAAAAUAUUGUUGGAUGUUAAAAAAUAUUUAGAAAAACAGCCAACUCUUGUUUACAUUAAUAUUAAACCUGGUGAAAUAUUUACAAUAUGUGGUGAUAUUCAUGGUCAGUACUAUGAUCUGUUAAACAUAUUUGAAUUAAAUGGUUUACCAUCAGAUACAAAUCCUUACUUAUUCAAUGGCGAUUUUGUUGACCGAGGAUCAUUUUCAGUUGAAUGUAUUUUUACUUUGUUUGGUUUUAAACUUCUUUUCCCUGAUAAGUUCUUUAUGUCUCGCGGUAACCACGAAAGCGUUACUAUGAAUAGAAUGUAUGGAUUUGAAGGUGAAGUUAAAUCUAAAUAUUCAGUUGAAAUGGCUAACUUGUUUACAGAAGUUUACAAUUGGCUUCCACUUGCCCACUGCAUCAAUAGACGUGUUCUUGUUAUGCAUGGUGGUUUAUUUUCUAAAGAUGAUGUUACAUUAAAGGAUAUUGAAAAUAUUUACCGAAAUAGACAGCCACCAGAAGCAGGCCCAAUGUGCGAUAUAUUAUGGUCAGAUCCCCAAGAUGCUCCAGGACGUUCUCCAAGUAAACGUGGUGUUGGUGUACAAUUCGGACCAGAUAUUACAAACAAAUUUAUCGAAUUAAACAAUUUAGAUUAUAUUAUCCGUAGUCAUGAGGUUAAAGCGAAUGGUUAUGAAGAAGCACACGAUUCCAAAUGUAUUACUGUGUUUUCUGCUCCAAAUUACUGCGAUACAAUGGGCAACAAAGGAGCGUUUAUCACACUCGAAGGACAAUGCCUUAAGCCAAAGUUUACAACAUAUACAGCUGUACCACAUCCACCUGUGAAGCCUUUGAUGUAUGCAAACUCGUUAGUAAACUUGUUUUGUUAG